ACAGUGACAAAGAAGCCUCUAGACCGAGCGCCGAGGUAUAAAAACAGAGGUGAUCCAGAUAUCACGCAGACAAGCACCUGCAACCGAGCAGUCUCUUAACGCUCCAGCACCUUCGAUCAUUCCGCCUCUUGAUGAACAACCUGAAGUACCUUUGAUCGUUCCGUCUCUUGAUGAAAUGUCUCUUCCUUCCGUUCCAAGUUCUGGUUCCGUUAGCCCUCCAGACAUGGCAUGGGUUGAAGUAGACAUAUCGUCCAGUGACUAUGCCCGCAGGCGUAGAGAGCUUAUGGAGAUGAUGGCCGACCUCCGAUCCAUGGGUGCCGACGCGCUGAUCGACAUACCAUCCGUAGUCGUGAUUGGUGGACAAUCCGCGGGCAAAAGCUCACUCGUAGAGGCCGUUAGUGGGAUCAAUGUCCCAAGAGAUAGCGGAACGUGUACCAGAUGCCCUAUGGAAUGUUCGAUGUCCAGUCAUGCCACGUCAUGGUCCUGCACUAUCACCUUACGAAUUUACCCUGAUAAUGGCCGAGACCUGGAAAAGCCUAUUACUGUGUCCUUCGGCCAAACGAUCACUGACAGACGUGAGGUCGAAGUUUGGCUACGUCGUGCCCAGGCAGCCAUUUUGAACCCGAACAUUCCUUCUUCGAGUUUCCACACAAAGACCAUCGAGGAACUCAGGAACGCAAGAAAUACACUGAAGUUCUCCCGCAACGUGGUGUGCGUCUCGAUUGAAGACCCCGAUGCCACUGACUUGUCAUUCUAUGAUUUGCCGGGCUUGAUACAGAACGAAGAAGCCGAAACCGUCGCCUUGGUGAAAAGUAUGGCGGAACAUUACACUGAGACAGAGAACACUAUAAUAUUAACCACAAUUCCCAUGAGCGACGAUAUGGAGAAUCAGCAAUCGAUGAGUCUUGCCAGGGCCGCAGAUCCUGAUGGAAAGCGAACAAUUGGUGUACUUACGAAACCUGACACGCUCGGUGUUGGAGCUAUCAACCAGCGUCGCAAGUGGGUGGAAAUUAUCGAGGGCCGUUCGGAGGAGCACACACUAAGGCACGGUUUUUACUGCGUCCGUCUUCCUGAUGAUGCCGAACGCGCACAACGCCUGUCUCGUGCUGAAUCGCAAAGGCGAGCUGCAGAGUAUUUUGACACGACGUCGCCCUGGAGCGACAUGAUCGACCGUCAUCGGUUCGGAAUUCCGGGCUUUGUCUCCGAUGUAAGCCGACUGCUCAUCCAGUUGAUCGAGGAAGCUUUACCCCGCCUCAGAGAAAAUAUCGACAACCUCCUUGCCAAAUGUAUGAAGGACAUCGAUGCACUGCCUCUUCCACUUGCAAAUGACCCACAGAUUGAGGUUUUAGAACGAGUCAAUGCGUUCUGUGAUGUCUUCAAGAGCUUUGUGAAUGGCAGUCACGAAGACAAACGUCUUGCGCAGCGGAAUUGCGCUCUCUAUGCCAUCUUCAAGAGGGAUAUACGCGGCACCGCUCCUGACUUCAGGCCUUUUAAUGGACCGGAAGGCUAUGUUCCAUUGGACGAUACUGAGGGGAAGAUGACUCUUACUGUGCGAGAUCCUGGCGUGAAAGCGAUGGGCAUAUAUGACAUCCGCAGGGUCAUCCACGAGGCAAUUGGAUGGGAGCUUCCGAACAACGUGCCAUAUCAGGCGAAGGCGAACCUCAUCGCUCAAUUCACCAAACUCUGGGUUGCUCCGUCUGAGCGCUGUCUCGCUGGUAUCAAUGAUGUGAUUGAUCAAGUCAUCAGCACGCUCAUAAGCAUCCAUUUUGGUCGCUUCAAAGUUCUUGAGGAUUAUGUUAGCAAUCUGAUUAGAAUUCAGGUUGAUAUCUGCAAGGCGCGCGCCCGAGAGGCUGUCAAUAUGGCCUUGGAUCUGGAAACUACUCCAUACUAUACUCAGAACACGCACUAUCUUCAAGCACUCCGCGAAAAAUGGCUAGCUCAUUAUAAGACAGUUCAUAGUAACCCUUUUCGGUACUACAGGGCUCCCCCACUCGAGGCCAAAGCUUUGAGGGCUCUUGCGGAAGCGGGGUACACAAAUCUUACGGUACCAGAUCUUGCGCGUCUGUUGCCUCCCGACUCGUUCGAGGAAGAGCUAAUUGUGAUGGCUGAUGUUCGAGCCUAUUAUCACGUUGCCUACAAACGCGUCAUUGACCAUAUUCCUCUGACGAUCGAGCAUGCUCUCCAUCAUGCCCUGGCGAACCAACUUUCGCAGAGCCUUCUUACGAGUUUGCUAACUGAUGUUGCAUCUGGGCCCGACUUCGCUGAGUUGGUCAGCGAAGAUGCUUCCAUCACUCAGAGACGCACAAUGCUCGCGACAAGAAAACAACGCCUACUAGACAUUCGCCGAAGACUCAUGACCUUC